CGGAAAAGGGCGGCGGAUGGCGCACGCCCAAGUAUCCUGUCGUCCUGCGCGCACGAUCUCAUCGAUUCCGAUGCAAAAGAAAUCAUGGAUUACGAAACAUGCGAAUGGAACAAACACUAUUAGUGUUGUUGUUGUUAUGGAUUGAUGACAGUUUGUGCGAACGUCAAUAAUUUGACAAUUGAGACAAUUGUAGUAAAGGAUGAAAAGUAGGAUUAACGACCAAAGAGUGGCUAAAGUCAACAUCGAAACUUCGAGCAACGCAGAAUGCAAUUCGAUCCAAGAAAUUGCUUAUUUGAAGAGCGAAAUCCAAGAUUUACGUGAUAAAUUGCAGAUGAGGAAUCAUGUAAUGGAAUCAAAGUUAAGUAAAUUUGAGGAAGACAAGUGUAGAUGCGAAGUUGAAGAUUUCUUGAACGGAAUUGCCGAUUUGGAAUGUGACGAUUUUCGUAAGAUAAAAGCGUAUUUCGAUAUCUUUAAAACCCGCAUCAACAAUAACUGUGAUAUUGACAAGUAUCAAACGAUUAUUAAGCAAGAGGAUGAAGAAAUUCAAAUUUUAUCAAAAAUUGUUGAUAAAAACGUUUAUCAUGUUGUUGUUGUUGUUAUGGAUUGAUGACAGUUUGUGUGAACGUCAAUAAUUUGACAAUUGAGACAAUUGUAGUAAAGGAUGAAAAGUAGGAUUAACGUGUACGCGAGGAUACGAAGGGAGGAUGUUGCGAAGAGAUUGUUUUAUGGGGUGGAUCGUUCGAGCAACGGUGACACUUUAACGCUGCAUCAGCCUGAAGAUGAUCACCGGAAGAAACGCAUUUCGCACAGAUUCAGAUUUCAAAGGGUGUUUGAUUUAAAUUCAGAUCAAAAAGAUGUGUUUGAAAGUAUCGCAGUUCCGAUUAUUGAUAAAACUAUGGAUGGUCGAAAUGGUACGAUUUUUGCGUACGGACCGACAGGAAGCGGAAAAACGUAUUCCUUAACAGGAUCGCAUUCAAACUACGAAAAACGUGGAUUGAUUCCGAGGACCAUCGAAUACAUAUUCAAAUUUCUCACCGAAACAAAUGGAAGAUACAUCGUGUAUUUAUCAUUCUUGGAGAUUUACAACGAAACAGCUUACGACCUGUUGAAUCCGAAAAGAACGUUUGAGAGCGGCGCGGAGGAAUUACCGUAAAGUGUGCGAUUUAUAGAUAGAUAAUUCAGGAAAAUCUUUGUCUCUUUUUUUUUUUUUGGUUUCUUUACACAGACGCGUCACUUUC